AUAAUGAAUGAGCCAUAUCGUUAAUAAUAGUUUCAUUUUUUACAUUUUUAAUUAUUAAGCCAUUAAAUAUACCACUAUGUAAUAAUUGUAAAUACAUUCGUUAUAAUGUGCCUAAUUCACGUUGUGCAUUCUUCCGAGGCCAUUUUUCACUAAUUUUGCGCGCAAUUUGACAUAGCUUGACAACGAGUAAAAGUGCGCUCAUUUUAUGCAAAACUAGCCCUUUAAUAUUAAUGAUAAACUACAUUUAGGAUAACAAUGAUUAAUGAUGUUGUGUCUUUCACUAAUAGAUUUUACGGAAAAUCUUGGACAAACUAUGACAGUGCAUUGUGUAGGCUAGUUGUUGACCCAAAAGAUUCUUGGUCAGGUAUUUUACCAUCUACUGAUGGCGCUGACUAUAAUCCCGAGCCACCUAUUUUGGCUGCCAAAUUUGCGGUUGCAAAAGGUUUUGAGCAUAUACUAGCAAUUGCCAAUGAAGAUGGAAUGAUUGCUUUUCAUGACACAACGUUACCUGCAUCUUCCGAAAGUGUAGCAAACCAACCAUUAGAGGGAAGACAAUGCCAUCAUAAUGCAGUUUUUGAUCUAGCUUGGAUGCCAUAUAAUACUCAGAUAGUUUCUGCAUCAGGAGAUCAUACUGCUCGCCUUUGGGAUUUGGAUGAAAAUAGGCCAAACCCUAUUCGUAUAUUUUCUGGUCAUACGAGAUCAUUAAAAACUGUGUGUUUUCGUCCUGAGGAUCCAGCUGUUUUUUCCACCGGCGGUCGUGAUGGUGCUAUAUAUAUAUGGGAUGUACGAUCAGCAGCAGGGUUGUCUGGUUAUCAAACACGAGCUGAUGAUGUGAUCUUUAUUUGUCAUGGUGCAGCAUCAACAACUCCAAGUCAGCAUAGAAAAAAGAUCCGAGGUGGGCAAACUCCAGGUAGUGGAGGACUAUCUUCUAGUCUAUCACGACCUCAUAGUAUAACAGGAUUAGUUUUCCGUGACUCAUAUGACUUAAUUUCAUGUGGUGCUGGUGAUGGAGUCAUUAAAAUUUGGGAUUUACGUAAAACAUAUUCUAAUGCAAAAAGAGAACCCUUACCAAAACAUUCAUUAAGCUAUGCAGGCUCCAGUGCUUGCAAAGGUUUCACAAAUUUAAUACUAGAUCAUACAAGAUCAAGAUUGUAUGCAAAUUGUAUGGAUAAUCGAAUAUAUUGCUAUAAUGCUAGUGGAGGACAUAAUCGCCCUAUAAAUAUAUAUUCGGGUUUAGAAAAUGCUACAUUUUAUGUCAAGUCUGCUUUGAGUGCUGAUGGAAGGUAUUUAGCCAGUGGAAGUAGUGAUGAGCGAGCUUAUAUUUGGAAUGUUGACUGGCCCACACCACUUGUGGCCCUGGAAGGCCAUGCGGCUGAAGUUACGUGUGUUGCCUGGUGUGCUCAAGGAGAACCAAAGAUUAUUACUUGUAGUGAUGAUGCAAAGCACAAAGUAUGGCGAGUAGGCUCAGAAGAUGUUGACCAUACAUUAUUAAGAGGCCAAAAUAAAAAAAUGGAUAACUAUGCAAUUCCAAAUAAAGAAUUAGGAUCUUUAGAAUAUACACCAAGAAGUGUCAAAAGAUGGGUUGGUAGGAGUGAGAAAACACCAUCAACUGGAAGUAAUUUGAAGUCUAAAAUGCAAUGUGAUAAUUGUGAAUCUCGUACACCCAUUAACAAUGGUUUACAAGACAAAAAUUGUAUCAAAUGUCAAAUGUUAAAUACCCAGUCUAGCAGCAGGUUUUUGAAAAGAAAUUCUAGUGACAUGUUAGGUGCCUCAGAUAUAGACGAAGAUCAUGCACCAGAAAAGAAACGAAUUCAUCUAGAAAAUAGAGGAGCAAGACGUUUAUUUGAACAGUGUGGAACAAGCGCAGAAUUAAGUACAAUCAUAGAAGAAAAUGAAAAAUGUGAACCAGGUUGCUCAAACACUUCAAUAUUGCCUCUAACUCCCAUAAAUGAUCGUUGCAAAUCCCUAAUUUCAACACCACAGUCAUCAAGAGCUCUAAAUUUUACCUCUCCUACUAUAAAUUUGCCAAAUUAUGUUCUGAAUGGUGAAGCACCACAUUUGAGGACUAUUUCUCCAAAGAAAAAAUGUAAGGAGAAUGUAGAUUGGCUCACAAGGCACAUUAAGCAAAAGCGGCUUUAUGAAAACUUUGCUUCACCUCUUGAUGAUGUUAAAGAAUUUGGGUCUCCUAAUGGCCAUGUUGAAGAAAGUCCUAAGUUUCAUGGUACACCUUCAAGAAGAAGUCGGAAUAAAUCUAGUUCGGAUAAUGUACUAAAAACUCCUAAAAGUGAAAACACUUUACUUAGAUUCUUCACUGUUAUGAAAAGAAAACAUUCUUUACAUCAAGAAUGAAUCAAGAAUUAUCUGCUUCGUCUUUAGAGUUCUGUACCUGUACAUUUUUAGCAUAGCCCUUAUCUUUAUUAUUUAAUUCUAUAUUUUGCCAUAUAUAUAUAACUGAUGAUAUUAACUGUAUUUUUAUAUGAAGUAAGCUUUCAAUUUUUAUGACACAAUAUUUAUGAAA